CAAUUCUCUUUCUGAGGGCACUGAAGUACAAUGAAGCAAAGUAUUAGGUUGGAGCUCUGAGCUAGCUUAAAAUGCACAGCUGGCAUGGCUAACAGAACAAACUCCUCUGAGUAUUUCUGGGCUUAUGAAUAUUAUUGGGAUUACAUAGAUCCAAUUCCAGUAGAUGGAAGCAAGUUGAAGGUUAAUAAAUACUCCAUUGUCAUCGCCUUUUGGGUCGGACUCGCUGCCUUCGUGACGUUGCUUUUCCUUAUUUUACUGUGCAUGUCCCGCUCUGGAUCGACUCCAGCAAAACAAGUGACUGUAGGGAGCCAGAUGGAAGAAAGCAGUUCCAAUGGGGAGCCUCACUGUGAUGACCUCAGGAGCCCAUAAUCAGAUGUGGUUGCUUCUUAAACACCUCUCUCUGUUUUGGAUGAAAUGGGCAUUCCUGGAAGGAUCUGAGCCUGAGGUAAAACUGGAAGAGGUUAAACCAACCCAGCAGUGCAAUUCCCAUGGCUGCAGAGAUAAGGUCAGUGCUGUGACUGCCUGUUAACCACCUGGAUUCAGGA